UUCCCCACAGUAAAUAAAGAGAAGAGAGUGAAGACUGAGAGCAUAAGAAAAAUAAAGCCUUUUUAGUGGGCGGUAAAGUGCCCCAUUUUUCGUUGCUUUCUCACUUCAUUCCUAGUCUCUUUUUCUCACUCCAUCUUUUGCUUCUUUCUUGAUCCUCACUCUCGGUUUCCUUGUUGAUUCAUUACUUUCAAGCUAAAGUUUUGAGUUUAUCCACCGAUUCUUUGAUUCUUUUGGCGGUUAAGUUAUGGCAGCUCAAAAAGCUGAAGAAAUAAGCCACCUACCCAUGGAUCAACUUCAAGGCUUAGAGUACUGCAUUGACUCAAAUCCUUCUUGGGGGGAGACUAUAGCUUUGGGGUUUCAGCAUUACAUUUUGGCUUUAGGAACUGCUGUGAUGAUCCCUACUUUUCUCGUUCCUUUGAUGGGCGGAACUGAUGAUGAUAAAAUAAGAGUGGUUCAGACACUACUAUUUGUUGAAGGGAUUAAUACACUUCUACAAACACUGUUUGGGACUCGGUUGCCUACCGUGAUUGGAGGAUCUUAUGCCUUCAUGGUUCCCAUUAUAUCAAUAAUUCAUGAUACUUCCUUGAUGAGUAUCGAGGACAAUCACGUGAGAUUCAUGAACACUAUGAGAGCUGUCCAAGGUGCAUUAAUAGUAGCAUCAAGUAUACAAAUUAUCCUGGGAUAUAGUCAGAUGUGGGCCAUUUGCUCCAGGUUCUUCAGUCCCCUUGGAAUGGUUCCAGUCAUUGCACUAGUGGGCUUUGGCUUGUUUGAUAGAGGCUUCCCUGUGGUUGGUCGCUGUGUGGAAAUUGGCAUUCCGAUGCUUAUUCUAUUUAUAGCCUUCUCCCAGUACUUGAAGAAUUUUAAGCUAAAACAACUUCCAAUACUGGAACGGUUUGCUCUCCUUAUAUCAAUCACAGUGAUAUGGGCAUAUGCUCAUCUCUUGACAGCAAGUGGUGCAUACAAACAUCGUCCAGAGUUAACCCAAUUAAAUUGCAGAACCGACAAGGCCAACCUCAUUUCUUCUGCUCCAUGGAUAAAGAUACCUUAUCCUCUUCAAUGGGGUGCUCCUACUUUUGAUGCUGGGCAUGCUUUUGGAAUGAUAGCUGCUGUUUUAGUCUCAUUGAUUGAGUCAACGGGAGCUUACAAGGCCGCUUCACGUCUAGCCAGUGCCACACCACCUCCAGCUCAUGUUCUUACUCGGGGUAUAGGCUGGCAAGGCAUCGGGAUCCUAUUGAAUGGAUUAUUUGGAACACUGACUGGUUCAACAGUCUCUGCAGAAAAUGUGGGGCUCCUUGGAAGCACUCGCGUUGGAAGCCGGAGGGUCAUUCAAAUCUCAGCUGGCUUUAUGAUAUUUUUCUCAAUGUUAGGAAAAUUUGGAGCUUUGUUUGCAUCAAUACCUUUUACCAUAUUUGCUGCCGUGUAUUGUGUUUUGUUUGGUCUAGUUGCUUCCGUGGGGCUGUCAUUCUUGCAAUUUACGAACAUGAACUCUAUGAGGAAUCUCUUUAUUGUGGGCGUUGCUCUGUUCUUAGGUUUAUCUGUUCCUGAGUACUUGAGAGAAUACACUGCAAAGGCUCUUCAUGGUCCUGCUCAUACCGGGGGUGGCUGGUUCAAUGAUUUCCUUAAUACCAUAUUCUUUUCAUCACCAACUGUCGCGUUAAUUGUCGCUGUAUUCAUGGACAACACACUUGACUAUAAAGACAGUGCCAGAGACAGAGGAAUGCCUUGGUGGGUUAAAUUCCGGUCAUUCAAAGGAGAUAGCCGGAAUGAAGAGUUUUACACACUCCCCUUCAACCUCAAUCGUUUCUUCCCACCAUCAUAAACUAUCAUCAUCAAAGUGCUAAUGGGGAGAUAUGUGAUGAUGAUUGAUGAUCACAGCCUAAAGAAUGGAGUUUCAUGUGAUUUUCAUUGCUGAGAGGCCGCAAUUGCCUCUCCCAUGAUAUGUUAUAUAUUUUACUUGGGUUAUUCAGGUUUAAUCCAAUUGCUCAGUCCUUCGGCCUUGUAAGAAUUAGUUGUUCAAGUUGAUUUUUUUUAAUAUUAAGAUAGAGCUUGCUGCUUUGAA